AUGGCAGCAUCACACGAGGUCAAAAAAUCGACCCAUGUCAUCACUAUUCAACCAAAACAAACUGUAUUGACUGCGCUUCCCUAUGGGCCUCCCUACUCCGUGCUGGAUUUCCUCAAGGGAGAGCCAAGAGUCUUGGGGGCUAUCCAGGUCCUGCUUGCCUUGAUCACUGUAGGCAUUGGAACUAUAUUUGCAUUUAAUUACUUCAAUUUCUCCCAAAGAUUUCCACUCGUUUUCUUCACAGGAUAUCCGUUCUGGGGAGCAUUUAUUUUUAUUAUUACAGGAUUUCUCACAGGAUCCAACAGGAAGGGAAAACGUCUGGAGCAAGGCGUCAUGGCCAGCAAUGUGAUCAGUUCCUUGGCUGCGGUGGCUGGGAUCAUUCUCACUAUCAUCAGCUUUCGGUAUCAGCACGGGUACUGCCAGGUGCCUUCCGUCGAAGGGAUAUGCGUCAUAGGCAGAGUCCUUUACAAUGGACUUUUGUCGGUCUUACUGAUCAUCAGCAUAGUGGAGCUCAGCCUUGCUGUGACUAUAACCUCCUUUAGAAGCAAGUGCUGGACCAGCUCAAAUGAGAUUGUGUUUUUCUUACCUUUGGAUAUUACUCAAAAGAGUGAAUUACCUAUAACAGAAGAAAAUGCUGUAAUACAAUUUGACUGUCAGGAAGAAUCUUCCAGUGAUGACUCAACAGCAAAUGCACAACCUGUUUUCUUUGGAGGCUAUACUUUCUUCAAGUUGAGAGCCUCAAGAAAUCCUUUAACCAUCCAUCAUUCAAGGAAGAGUGGCAGUAAUAUUGGCUACAUAUCUCCUUUAUCUGGGUCAGAUGAACAACAUAAAUAUAUCUCUUCUCCUUUAAAACAUUAUGAGAGAGAAAUUGAGUCGAAAAAUUUGCCUGUCAUAUUGGAGAAAAGGACCUCAGAAGAAUUCGCACACACUGAACAAAUGAGUGAUGAAGAUCUGCAAUUUGCUAUAGAACAAAUCCCAGAAAUGCAAUCUCAGUCACUGCAGGCUAAACCCUUUCCAAUCCAAGUUUUUCCAUCCUAUUCAGUAAAAAAUCUUAAAGCAUUACAACCCAAAGACUUGCCAUCUCAAGCUCUGGUAGUAAAAUCCCUGCUAUCUGAAACCCCAACAUCCCAUGUCACACUGUCUCGUGACCUGACAUCUGAAGACUUGCCAUCCCAAAGCAUAUCAUCCCAAUUCACACAAUCCCUAAACACACCAUACCAAGACAUGUCUUCCCAAGACCUGAUAUCCCCAAAUAUGCUAUCCCAAGACAUACCAUUCCAGAACACACAAUCCCAAGGCAUGCCUUCCCAAGCUAUGCUUUCCCAACUACAAGUUCCGCCAACACCAGACAUACUAUUUAGAGCCCCAGUAUCCCACAUCACACGGUCUCAUGACCUGAUCUCCGAAGCCACACGAUUUGAAGCCUAUACAUCCCAUUCUAUGCAAGCCUUUAAUGUACAACACCUAGAACAGAAAUCCCUGGAUCAUCAUCUACAAAACAUCCAACGUCAAGACCAGCAAUUUACAAAUAUAUCAUAUCAAGACAUUCAAUCAGAAGUCAAUUUACUGACUCAAGAAUGGAAAUAUAAGGAGAAACACCUAAGCAAGAAAUCCACCAAGCAGUAUGCCUUAGACCAGCAUAACAAAGACUGGCAAUCUUCAACAAAGCAACCCCUAGACUUGCCAAUCCAAGGCCAGAAACCCCCAAGAAAGAAAUCCUUAGACCAGCGAAUCAAAGGCUGGCUAUCUCCAAAGAGAAACUCCAUAAAUAAACAAGUUCGAGUUACACAAUUUGCAGAUCAGCAAGCUGAUGACCAGCUGAUCCGAGGAAAGCAAUCCCUAAAGCAAAAAUCCCAAAAUGGGCAAGAUGAAGGCCAGCAGAGAAGAGAGGAGAAAUCCCCCAAUAAACAAGCCCAACAACAACGAGCUAAAGACCUGCAGGCCGAAGAGGAGACAUCUCCAAAGCAACUAGGUGAAGAUCUGCAAUCCCAAAUUCAGAAAUACCAAGACUGGCCACCUUUAGGCCAACAAUCCCAAGAUUUGGGAAUUCAAGAAUGGAGAAAAAAAGAUUGUAAAGCACAAGAAUGCCAAUUUGAAAUGAAGCAUUCCCUAAAUUGGGAAUCCCAAGCCUGGCAAACCCAAGAUCUAUUAGAGAAAGAAUUCCUAAAGCGGAAAGUUUUAUACAAAGAAGCCCAAACUUUGAACGCUAUCCCUCAACAUCACCUUGAUCAGCAAUUACAAGACAUCCCAUUUCAAGACAGUCAGUAUCAAGAUAAGAAAAAAGACCUUCAAUCCACUGGUAUCCCAAAAAAAGAUACGCAAAUAAACACUAUACAAACCAGAGACAUCAAACUGACGUACAUGAAAAGUCUAUGCCCAAAUCCAAGUGACCUGCGAUCAGAAGACACGAAGCCAGAAUUUCAUCAUUCUUCCUGCCAAAGCUCAGUACAAGGUGAAUCUUCCACUUAUUUGUCCAAUGUAGGUUCAGAACAAGAUGUGCAACAAUACACUUCAAUUAGCUCAACUUUAUACAGAGAAGAUUCAACUUUGACCUCAUGUUAUCUAAAGGAUCAAAAGCAAUCUGAAGACUCUGACUAA